GCAUCACUUGAUGUCAUUUUAGUGUCAACAAUUGCUUGUAGAAAAAAGAACAAGCCAAUAAAACUUGCUUAUUUUUAAUUAAAAUUAAAGCGUAAUGAUGGAUUAUAAUGUACAUAAAAUAUGUCGCGUAUGUUUGAAAGAAGGUGCAUUAACAUCGAUCUACAGCAAUGAAUUUUCUAUGAUGCCAUCAACUAUGCUUAUGCUGUGUGCUAAGGUUCGAGUUUUUAAAAAGGAUGGUUUGCCCGAAGUUAUAUGUAACAAUUGCAUUUAUAGACUAGGAGUUGCCUAUCACUUUAAACAAGAAUGUGAGAACUCCGAUUUAAGGUUGAGGCAAUAUUUGGGUCUAUCUGACAGUGGUUACGGGAUAUGCGAUGUUGAGACCAACACUGAUCCAAAUUGGGCCGGUUUAUCUCAAAAAUCCCAAUUAUUAUUAUCAACAAAUGGACAAAUAACAGAUUCUGAAGAAGAAGAAGAAGAAGAAGGCUUAAAAUCUGCAAAAAAGAAAAGUAAACGUCGUUCUCGUUAUCAACGUAAACCUCCAGAAGAACAUAAGAAACGGGGACCUAAGCCUUUACCUAAACUUCCCCCAACCUGCUAUGAGUGCCAAAAGACAUUUAAAUGUGCGGCGCAAUUGCAAAUGCAUAUACGCACUCAUACUGGAGAGAAGCCAUUUGCGUGCCAUUAUUGUCCAAGACGUUUUGCACAAAAAUAUAAUUUACAAAUACACAAACGCACCCAUACUGGUGACAAGCCUUUUCAAUGUGAAAUAUGCUCGAAACAAUUUUCAGCUUUAGGAAAUUUUCAAGCGCAUCUCAAAAUACACUCUGGAGUACGAGAUCAGCACUGUCCAGUGUGUCAGAAAUCAUUUUAUACGACCGGUGACUUAUCAAAACACAUGAUCACCCACACGGGCAUAAAAAGUCAUCACUGUGACAUAUGCGGCAAAGCAUUUAGUAGAAGACGAGAUAUGCUCGCCCAUAAAAGAAAAUUACAUAAUUUGAGCAAUUUAAACGAACGCAGCGAGGAGGAGGAUGAAGAAAUUGUGGAUACGGUAGUCAAUGAUGCUUUCAAAUGUCCCGAUUGUGACAAGGAAUUCGAAUCGGCAGUCGGCCUUAGUGUUCACUUUCGUACACAUGGUUCUAAUAACUUGUUGAAUUUGCCAUUGGGUAGCACACAUCAUGCGCCACAACUGCCCCCACCACCACCACCACCAACACAUCCACAUGCUACGGCUACUCACCACUAUCAUCACCAUGGGCCGCCGCCACCACAUCCACACCAUAACGGUUUACAUGCUCAUCCGCAUCAUUUGGGUUUAAAUACAGCCGCCGCCUCAUUACAGGCUAACGCUGGGCCUGCAAGCAUGUCUAUGGCUCACAUGCUAGCGGUCGCAGCCCCGCCACCACCCCCGCCUCCCAAUACAGCCAUGGGUCAACAGAAUUCUUUAACCAUAAUGCAUACCACUCAAAGGUUGCAUCCCUUUUAAGGAAUGACUAGGAAGAUGGACAAAUACGGAUUGAUCGACCAAAGUCUCGUUGGUUCGUUGACAACGUAUGUGCUUAGUGGAGAUGAAAAUUUGAUUAAAAAUAAUAAAUACAUAAUGGAAUCUCUGAAAUGAACUUAUUAUUACAAACCGAAUGAUAUAAGAAGUAGAAGACGGAUUCUGUUGUUAUGAAUCUAGACGUUUUUGAACUUACCUAAAAGCAACCAAAUGUCACUUCGCGAACAAUUUGUGAUACGCCCAUUUUCAAUAACAAAAGCCUAAUAUAUGCUACAGUUUUUUCUUUGUAUACAUCACGAAUAUCAAUGAGAACUCUCGUUAAAUCUCAAUAAAAAUGCAUUUAAUGUGUAUUACUUUAAUGUUUUUUUAAUAAGGAGAAACAUUGGAUUGUUGAAGUGUCAUUACGGAAACAUGUAGCAACAAUAAUCAAGUGCAAACAGGCCGGACCUCGUUUAUCUCUCCUACUGAAGAUUUCAAUCAUGAGCAAUUUUACUUUAUAUUAAAAAAUUAUUUAAGCGUUAAUCCGUAAAUAAAUGCUUUGCCAUUUAACCACAAAAGAAAAAAGGAUUUUAUUUUUCUUAUAUACAUUGUCUGAUGUUGGAGUGUGGUUGAACUUAUGAAGAAAG